CUAAAAAUCAACACGAAGAAGCUCUCGGCAGCUUUGACCAUCAUGAUGGCUUACAGAAGUUCUGCCGCUUUUCAAGGUGUUUUAAGUGCGUUUAAGCAUGUCUGUCUUAGGCCAAGGUGCAGUGUUAUUUGUCGGUACUCUACAGUUUAUGACACGCAUGAAAAAACCUUCGAUAAAAUCCUCAUUGCUAACAGAGGCGAGAUCGCCUGUAGGGUGAUGAAAACUUGCAAAAAAAUGGGCAUCAAUACAGUUGCUAUUCACAGUGAUGUGGACUCUAAUGCGGUUCAUGUGAAAAUGGCUGACGAAGCUGUGUGUGUUGGACCUGCCCCUACCAGUCAAAGUUACCUGAACAUGGAUGCUAUCAUGUUAGCCAUCCAGCAGACUGGAGCUCAAGCUGUUCACCCAGGCUAUGGAUUUCUGUCUGAAAACAAAGAGUUUGCCCGGAGACUGGCUGCAGGAGGAGUAACCUUCAUUGGUCCUGACACAUAUGCCAUCCAGGCCAUGGGGGAUAAGAUUGAAAGCAAACUUAUUGCCAAAACUGCAAAAGUCAACACCAUCCCAGGAUUUGAUGGUGUGGUCAAGGAUGCAGAAGAGGCUGUGAAAAUUGCAGCAGAGAUAGGCUACCCUGUUAUGAUUAAAGCGUCUGCUGGUGGAGGUGGCAAGGGAAUGAGGAUUGCUUGGAAUGAAGAGGAAACCAGGGAAGGCUUUCGUUUUUCUUCACAAGAAGCCGCAUCCAGUUUUGGAGAUGACCGUCUGCUGAUUGAAAAGUUCAUAGAUAACCCGCGACAUAUUGAGAUUCAGGUGUUAGCAGAUAAACAUGGCAAUGCGCUGUGGCUGAACGAGAGAGAGUGCUCCAUCCAGAGAAGAAACCAGAAAGUGGUGGAGGAGGCACCCAGCACCUUUCUGGACCCAGAUACUCGGAGAAAGAUGGGAGAGCAGGCUGUGUCAUUGGCCAAAACAGUGAAGUACUCCUCAGCUGGCACUGUGGAGUUUCUUGUUGACUCCCAGAAGAAUUUUUACUUUUUAGAAAUGAACACCCGUUUGCAGGUGGAACACCCCAUCACAGAGUGUAUUACCGGGCUUGAUCUGGUGCACCAGAUGAUUCGCAUCGCAAAGGGUUACAAACUCCAGCACAAACAAUCUGAUAUAGGCAUAAAUGGCUGGGCCAUUGAGAGCAGAGUCUAUGCAGAGGAUCCAUACAAGUCAUUUGGUCUUCCCUCCGUCGGCCGACUUUCUCAGUAUCAGGAGCCACUGAGCUUUGCUGAUGUUCGUGUGGACAGUGGAAUUCAGGAAGGAAGUGACAUCAGCAUUUAUUAUGAUCCCAUGAUUUCUAAGCUGGUCACAUAUGGUAGCACACGAGCAGAAGCUCUGAAGAAAAUGGAGAACGCACUUGAUAAUUACGUCAUUAGAGGUGUAGCUCAUAACAUUCCUCUUCUGAGAGCGAUCAUCGUUCACCCUCGGUUUGUGUCUGGUGACAUCAAUACUAAGUUUCUCCAGGAGGUAUAUCCUGAUGGAUUUAAAGGUCAUGUAUUAACAGCAGGAGGAAGAUGUGACCUGCUGGCUACUGCUGCUGCACUUUAUGUAGCAGCACAACUCCGCUCACAAAAGUUCUUAGGUAAUCUACGGGUGUCCAGUGUUCCUCCAGAGACCAGAUGUUGGGAGUUGCUUGUGGAGCUUGAAAAAGGUGUUUACGUGCUUAGUGUGUCUCACUCUGGACAAAACUACAUAAUAGAGGUAGAUGGAGAGAAGGUUGUUGUGUCCGGAGAAUGGGAUUUGGCCUCGCCACUGCUGCCCAUCACCAUCAAUGGAAAACACAGGACUUACCAGUGUCUUCAGCGGUCAGCGUCUGGGGAGAUUACCCUGCAGUAUCUGGGCACUUCAUUUAAGUUGCGUGUGCUGAGUAAACUGGCAGCAUCACUCAGUAAGCACAUGCCAGAGAAGAUUCCAGAAGACACCAGUAGCAUCCUUCGCUCUCCCAUGCCAGGAUCUGUUGUGGCUGUGUCUGUUAAACCAGGAGAUAGGGUUGCAGAGGGGCAGGAGAUCUGUGUGAUUGAAGCCAUGAAGAUGCAGAAUAGCAUGACUGUGGCUAAAACUGGCAAAGUGAAAAGUGUGCAUUGUAAAGCAGGAGAUACAGUAGGAGAGGGAGAUCUACUUGUUGAACUGGAGUAGACCAACGUGUCAAAACAUCUUGCUUGUAAAUUCGAAGAAGAUCCUCUUAUUUGUGUCAUUAUUUUCUUAUUGUUAUCUACACAUAUUAGUUAAAUUUUCUUGAGAUUUUGCAAGGUUUCAUGGGAAAUGUAUAAAAACACAAUCUUUUAAAAAAGCUCCUCUGACAAAAAAACAAAGUUUUCUAUCUAUAUACAAACAUCUAGUCUCAAAAAGCAUUUAUUCUGUAUGUAACUAAUCAUGUAUUUUUGUCUGCAAAUGCAUUACAAUUCUUUAUGAAAUACACAAGCAGAUGUCACUUAAUUGAUGACAGUUCUGGUGCGUUCGUUUUCUUUCUUUAGGCGUACUUAAAAAAUCUAUUUAAUUUUGUUCAGAAUUCUUUCAUAAUAAAACUGAAUAUUAGUAA